UCCCGCGAGAUUUGUGCUGCUCCGCUUCGAGCACAGGCAGCAGAUGCUGACAUUGGUGGUAGUGAAUCGACCUAUUCAGAUGUUAGUCUGAAUCCAGGUCUUAUGCCUUGGGAUCAACCCAGAGGCCCUCAAGGACAACCGGCAGAGUGGAAUCCUGUCCCUGAGCCUGGGCUGGACGCCAGAGAUGUGGAUGGCGGAGAAUGGGAUCCAGCUUCCCAGCUGGGUUCCAGGCCAGAAGGUCCGGCGGAUCUCAUGGACGUGGCUCCGCAGAGGGUGUUGCCAGAUCCUCGACUGGCAUCCCGCUGGCAUCCCAGAGGUCCUGAGACAUGGAAUGAGGAGCUGAAGACAGGAAAAUAUUCCCCUGUCCUCAAGGAAAUGAAGGAGGAUUUGGAGAAGGCAGUCCCUGGUGUGACUGGAAGUGAAGGUCAUCCAGCUUCCCCUCCGAGUUCCAGGACUGAAGCUCCGGCAGAUCACACGGGUCCGGAAAGAGGAAAGGGUGCAUCUAGAGGAGGGUAUUACGCCUGGUGGUCAUCCCGUGUCCAAAGGAAACCCGUGAUGAAAAUAGGGGAGGCAGUGCAUGGCAGAACUAAAGGGACUGACCAAGAGACUGUGCAGAAGAAGCCGUUGCAGGAAGGCAGCAGUGACACGCAGCCAGUCUCUGACCGAAAAACUCAGGCAGAACAAGCAGCUGCUUUGCCAGGUAAUUUCAGUCCCGUGGUCAUCCGGUGUCCCCAACCAGAACCACUGCGUGCCACCAGGCUCUCCCUGCCUGCUCUUGCGCAGCAGGCCAGCAGCCAAACCUGAGCGUGUUCCAACAGAGCACGUGCUACAAAGGAGCCUGAGGGCCAUGAGCCCUGCCUGGUAGGAGCCUGCAGGAGUGUUUCUCCACUGGGCUGGCUCCAGCUGUGCCUUGUGCUGGCUGGAGGCUGACCUUCAGCUUGGGGAAUGUCCUGGGGGAGAGCUCCGGACAUGAAAUGUGGGGAAAGUGUGAGGGUUUCUGCUCUGCAGUGCUGCCCACGGACAAAGCCCAGACCCCAGGGCGGAGCCCAGCCCUCAGCCCAGAGGAACAGAUGGGCAGUGCCGGUGCAGCCUCUCCCUACCCAACGGGAAGUGGAAGCAAUCCUUCUUGUCCUCUGGUGCUUAUACACCGGAGACAGAGGUACCCACUGAUGAAAAAGGAAAUCUCUUGGCU